UAUUCGUCUUUUUUUUGUGAAAAAGAACGUGUUUUGGUGUGGUUGUAGAAAUUUUACACAAAUUCUCGUUUGUUAUUUGAAUUAGUGCGAAAAUGGCUUUGCGUGCCCAAUUUGAAAACAACAACGAAAUCGGCGUAUUCGCCAAACUAACCAAUUCUUAUUGUCUUGUCGGAAUCGGCGGUUCAGAAAAUUUCUACAGUAUAUUCGAAGGAGAAUUGGGCGAAACGAUUCCUGUGGUGCACACAUCUCUAGCAGGAUUGAGAAUUAUAGGGCGGAUGUGUGUCGGAAACAAAAACGGUUUAUUAGUACCCAAUUCAACGUUAGACACAGAACUCCAACACAUUAAAAACGCUUUACCGGACAAAAUAAGAGUGCAAAGAGUCGAGGAAAGGCUAUCGGCUCUUGGGAAUGUUAUAGCUUGUAACGAUUACGUUGCAUUGGUUCACCCAGAUUUAGACAGGGAAACUGAAGAAAUAAUUGCAGAUACUCUUAAAGUAGAGGUGUUUAGGCAAACGAUAGCUAGUAACGUUUUAGUGGGAUCCUACUGUGUUCUUAGUAAUCAAGGGGGUUUAGUGCAUCCCAACACGAGCAUCGUCGAUCAAGAUGAAUUGUCUUCUUUACUGCAAGUGCCUUUAGUGGCUGGUACAGUUAACAGAGGAAGCGAAGUAGUAGGAGCAGGUUUAGUCGUGAACGAUUGGUGUGCUUUCGCUGGCAUGGACACAACUUCCACAGAAAUGACCGUUAUCGAAUCCGUAUUCAGACUAAACGAAGCUGCCCCUUCAAACAUAACCUCAGAUAUGAGGGCGAGUUUAAUAGAAAGUAUGUCGUAAGAAGCCGAGGGAGAAGUUUAUUAUUACAAAUUGUUAAACACGACUUAUCGCAACUACAAAUAUUUUUUUUAAUUAAACUAAGAGCCCUUUAAAACGUUUAUUUUCAAUACAAACUUAUGUACAUCUUUGUUUACUAGCACGAUAAAAUUACUCGCUUUUAUUAUUACACGGUUUAAAGUACAUGAUCAAUCUACCUAAAAUCGCGACGUUGGCACAGAAAAAAGAUACGCCCUGUACCCAAAUAAAUAUGAACGUAUUUUGCCCUUGGAAUUCCAAUAAGUACGCCGGCAACAGCCAGACCAAUUGAGCGACGUACCAAAUGCAAAGAAGCAGGAACGCCAUUUUUUUCCGUAAUUGAAUUUGCCACAAACACACCGGCAAUAUUGCCAUCACCCACACGAAAUACUGCGAUGUUAACACGCUGUUGUAAAUAACGAAUACAAUAGUUUGUGUGAGUACAGCGAAAUUCAACGAAAACCGAUUUAAACCGUACCUAGCCGAGAAUACUAACAUUAAAACUAACUGAGGUAAGACCAUCAGCACCUUCUGCCAGUAGCCGAUGUUUUUAACCCAGGCUGUUAGGUAUUGCAAAUAGAAGUACAGGGAAAAAUUGUGCUUGGGAUCUUUACGAACGAAAUGAUAAAUGUACGUUUCGUACAAAAACUUGUAACCAAACAGAUUGUAAAAUACAAAAGUCAAGCUUGACAGGGAUACGAUACAACCAAAAACUAACUUUAACUGCUCAAAAUUAGGCACUAAAUAUAAGAGGUAUUCUUUUUUAAAUAUUGUCUUUUUUUCUUUAGUACUUUGAAGUACUAGUUUGUGUUCCUUUUGCACUAAAGUGUUAUCUACAUUUUUCAGUACAUUCGUAUUUUCAUUAGCUUUAAUGGCAUUGAAAAUUACUCUAAAUUUUCUACGAUCUUCGGUAGUAUAGUAAGCGUACUUGCUCAAAAACAUGAAAAACGUGAUGCUGUAUAUGAUGGGGUACAAUCGAAAAUGAAUUGAAAUCCCGUGAAUGAUACCGGCUGUAAAAGAAUACCUCUUGCAUUGCAAUAGAUAGAGGGUGAAAAGGACGAAAAACCCUGCGAUAGUAUCACAAUUCCCUCUAGUACCUAUAGCUAUAGUCAUUGGGUUGUACAGCCACACGAUCAUGGCUAAAUCAGAUGAAUAAUCGGUGUAAUUUUUACAAUGAUUUUCUGUGUUUGAUGGUAGAUUCUUUUUAUUGGAGAGACGUUGUUUUUUCCUGUUUUUGUUAUUGAAUCUUUUAUUUUUCCCAUUAUCUUCGAUUUUAGGUAAUUUGCAGUCAUUUUGCUUGUAAAUAUCGUAAUCUUUAAUAUUGUUUUUGACGAUUAAUCGAAUUAAAAUGGCUACAACUAUAUCUACACAACAGAAUAAUACCUUUCCAAAACUAGGAUGGAAAAGUACAUUAGGAAUUAGUAUAAUAGCAAUUAAAGGACUAUAGCGAUAAGUGUGUCGAUCAUACGGCGAAUUACCUUCAAGUAAGUGCCUUGAAGCAUCAGUAAACACCUUAUAAUCAAUAUCAGUAUAUUUCAAUUUGGAUAAUUGAUCGUGAUAGUUUCCAUAACUAAUUAACAAUAAUCUAAAAACUAGUGAAACUAGCAAAUGCUUUUUGUAAUCGACAUUCACGAAUUUUUCCCAAUAAGAACCCAUUUUAUCCCCGAGUUUAAAUCCUGGUUUUCAGAGAACUAGCCGCCUUCUGCAAGCAACUCUUAAAGUCCAUGAACUCCUUUUUGCAAUCGUUCAAACUAACAUUGUCCCUUUUCAAUACACAUGUAGCAUAGUGAGACGCCUCUUUACCACACUUUGCCAAUAACAAAGGAUACUGCCUAUACCUUUGUUUAGCCUUUUGAACCGCAUCCAUUACUGCUUAGUUUUUGCCGAAUUUCGAUUUCUUCGUUUGCACAAGCUCAUUGAAGUCGAGCGGUUCUUGAAACCAAAAGUCGUAUAUGGGCUUCGAGAAAAAUAUGAGCAAAGAAGGCACAGUUAUAACCGUAAAGAUUAAUUUCGGGUAUUUGUAUAUGAAACUUCUCCUUCUAGUGGCAGCCGCUUUCGUUGCUAUGUUUUCGAUGUUGUAGUUUAUUUUAUUUUCUCUGUCGUUCAUUUUGAUCGUCUGUUUCAGUAUCCAAGUUCAUUCCUUGACACACGUAACUGAGGUUCUUCCACUUUCUACAGCACUCUUUCAUAUCAUUAAUGACGCUCGUGCAUUUGGAUUCCUGGAAGUUGUUCUCUUAAAAACAAACUUGGAUUCUACAAGCGAAUGGUUUACAGGGAUCUUUUCCCGACAUGAAUUAUAUUAUAUAAAAAAGAUUUAAUUUUCAACAAUUACCAUUUACUUGCCGAUUUUUCC